AUGCAGGAGGCAGUACAAUCUCCCAUAUCUGAAAAUCUAUUAAAAUUGCCAUUUCCAAGGAAAUGCUCUCUACCGACGUUCACAUCUCCGUUCACUGGAACAGGAGAUGCAAUCGAGCAUCUUAGGACUUAUCGCAUGACGCUAACCCAAUGGGAUCACUAUGAUGUAGCAUUGUGUAAGUUUUUUCCUGCAAAUCUAAUAGACGAAGCGCCAAUGUGGUUUAACAACCUGCUUAAAGGCUCAUUUGUAUCAUUUGCUCACCUAUCUGAGCUGCUCUUAGAAACAUACAUUCAUAAUAGCAGAGUACGACCCGAAGUUGACGCGCUGUUCCAGAUAUCUCGAGGACCAAAUGAGUCACUCCGCUCCCUGGUAACACGAUGGAGAAAACUAUGUGCUGAGAUCGGAAAAGUACCCGAAGCUUACGCGAUCUUAGACUUUAAAAAUAGUCUUAGAAAGACAGACCCUAUAUUUUUCCGCAUGUAUAAAACCAUGCCAAAGAAUUUUGGAAAAUUAAGAGAAAUCCAAGAGGAUUAUGUAGCCUUGGAAGAAAUCCAAGACGGAACUUACGACAAGAUGGUAAAAGGAACUAGUAGAGGAGCAAAUGUGGUAGAACCACAGAAUCCCCAAAUACCGGCCCAAGGAGCAGGGCGAUCCAACAACGGGUCAACCUAG